CUUCUUGUGCCGGAAAUAUUUACAAAUUGAUCGGUCGAAAUAGUCACAGACGAUAACCGACCGCCCGACCGGUUUGAUCUCUCUCUUGACGACCAGUUCGCAAGUCGGUUCAUUUAAUCUGUGCGAAAAAAUGUCAGACUUGAAACACGAUGACAGCAACAACGUAGACCAUAAAAGCAACGACAGCAAGGACGACAACAUCUUGCUACACCUCGCUGUGAUGGAGGAAAACUACGACGUGGUCAAGUUUCUAUUGAAGCAUAAUGUUCCGGUGAACGGUCGCGCGGUCAACAGGGAAUUGGGACUGGAAUUUCUGACCGACAACGAGCAUCAGCGACACAUAGAAGCGACCCUCAUUGGUGUGACAGGCCAACAGCAUGACAACAAGGGUAAAGAAAACGUGAAGCCUUGCCUCCAGAAGUCUGCCACUGCGCUUCACUUGGCUGCCCGCUGUCGAAGUAAGGAAAUAGCCGAAUGUCUGCUGCUACACGGCGCCGAUGUGAACGCCGAGAUGGAAGGUGGCGAGACGCCGCUGAUGAUCGCCGUGUUUUCUAAUUGUUCGAGCGUCGUCGAACUGCUGAUCGAGUCAGGUGCCAAUGUGAACGCGCGCACAGCUUGGGGCAAGGCAGCGUUGCAUUACGCUGCUCAAGGGGGCAACAAGCAAAUUACCGAGAUGCUCGUGUUGACCGGCGCCCAGGUCAAUGCCGCCAAUCUGCAGGGCAUCACGCCUUUGCACAUCGCCGCUGAAUCCGCUCACGAGGACGUGCUGAGCUUGUUACUAAAGAGCGGUGCCGACACCAGCAUCAGAACUCAGGAUGGCGCUACAGCUUUGCAUUAUGCUGCGGUGAUGGGUCACAAAAAGGUCGUCGAGAUACUUCUCAGUUACGGCGCUGACAUGAAUGUUUUGUUGAAACAAGGUACGCUUGAUUUGACACCUUUCAAGUGGGUUACUCCUGCUGAGGAGAAAAAGGUUUGGGAUUUGAUCUCCAAUUACACCAACAAGUUGAGCAUUCGCAAUAUCUUCCAAUCCUGGAUAUUUAGAAAGUCUAAUCGGAGUUUUUCUAACAACACUGAACCGAGAGAGAUGGAGACAAGCGCGUCGAUGCUUUUGCACGCGGCAGUGCUGGAGAACAACGAAAAGGCGGUGCGUUUUCUGCUGAAACACGGAGCUCGGGCGAACGCGCCUUGCCGGCACGGCGUCAAAUACUUGCGGCAGAAUUUCUCCGACCAUCGGACGGAGAUAAGCGAAAUAUCCUCGAGGUAUCGCAGCUUGUCGUUGAGCUCCGGCUGCAUCAUCACGCCGAAUCCCGUGGUGUGGGCGCCAGGUUCCGCGUACACGUUUUCCGGGCGCGGUCGCAGCCACUCGGUCGACGAGCACCGACCGAAGUCGCUCACGCCGAUGCACGUCGCCGCGGCGAACGGCCACCCUGGCAUCACGAAGAUGCUCAUCGGACACGGCGGCGAUGCGAACGCUCGGAUGGAAGGUGAUUAUACCCCGCUAGUUAUAGCGCUUUUGUACAAACACCACGAGGUCGUAGAAAUGUUGACUAAUGUCGGUGCAAAUUUGAACAGACGAAUGCGCAACGGCAAGACGCCGAUGUAUUUCGCCGUGAAAAGCAAACGGCCGUCUCUAGUAGCGCUGCUGCUCAAGAAGGGCGCCGAUCCGAACGCCGCCACCGACCACGGCGUCACUCCGCUGCACAUCGCCGUCGAAAGAAAGCUCGCCGAAGUCGCGGAGCUGCUGCUGGCGUGCGGGGCGCACGCGAACGCUCGGACCAAGACCGGCGUGACGCCCCUUCAUUGCGCCGCGGCCACGGGCCAGACCAACAUUGUCGAACUGAUAUUACGCCACGGCGGCGACGUUAGCGCGAUACUGAAGAGAGGCGAGAUCGACGUUGCGCCGCUGCUCUGGGUCACCGAGUCCGAGAGAAGAAAGAUCGCCGAGCUCGUGCGCAAUUACGCGCCGGCGAGCAAGGCCGCGAGCCCUUACGGCACCCUCGUCAAAAGGCUUUGGAAGCAACUCGCGCUCAAGAAGUAUUGAGGGAGUGCGCGCGCUCGACUGUGUGCCAUUCGCGCGGCACUGCGCCGUUAUUACAUGCGUGCGACGGCUGUCAUUUCGUCUACUCUUUAAUUGAUUGCUGUCAAGUUUCAAUUGUGACUGCCGUGUCGUUCAUGCGUACGUUAACAACCGAUGUCCGCAAGAGUUGUCGUGCACGCGUCAAAUUAUUGUCAAAUUUUUUACGUGCCAGCCGAUUUCGUUAAUUAACAUUGCAAACUUAAAAAAUCUUGCGUUAGGCAAUGAAAGAAGCGCUUUCACUGCUUUAGCCUUUUUUUAUGUAUCGAUUUAUGUAAUUUACAUGUAAUAAUGUCAUAUGCCAAUACAAUAUGCGGAAUUCGAUACGUUUUCACUCUUUUACUUGUAAGAUUGUAGGAAUAUACAUUCACAAAUGGAGUAAAGUUUAAGAGUUUUUCAUUAAAAUCUGUUGUAUUUACGAAUAUCAUAUCGCUGUACUCUAUAAUGACUCCCUAUUAACGUUCUAUUUAUUCAUUUUCUUGUGAGAAUAUGUUCUUUUUUUAUAUAUCAUAAUAAAUACCU